AUGAAGAGAAACCCCAGGAAGUUGGGCUGGACCAAAGCAUCACGAGCAAGAGCUGGCAAGGAAAUGACCGUCGACUCCACUCUUCAGUUCGCCCAGAGGCGCAAUGUCCCUACGAGAUACAACAGAGAUCUCUGGUUGAAGACUGUCAAGGCGAUGGAGAGAAUCCAAGAAAUCCGCACCAAGAGAGAGCGCGUCUUCUACAAGAAACGUAUGCAAGGCAAGCGGGCCCGAGAGCUGGCGGCUGCCCGGAACCUUGUGGACUCGCAUUCGCAUCUCCUUCCCAAGAUGCGCGGCAGCGAAAAGAGGCGGUUGGCCUUGGAACAGGGACUGGCACAAGAGGAUAUCGAUCGAUUGGAGGAGACGAACGCCGUACCGGUCGAGAAGAGCAGACUGUUCGGAAAGGAGAAGCUACGCCAGAAAGUGCGCACCGACGGCGCAGUCGAGGUCAUGGGAGAUGGAGAUAUAGAUGGCGGUAUGGAUGUCGAUUCGGAGUGA